AUGUCCAACUUCGAUCCCAACGCCAUCCUUCGAGGCGCCCAACUGACCUUCGUCGGCGCCCACCGCGCGCUCCAGAAUCCUGGCCUCUUCACCACAGACCACUACCGACAAGCCGCGCUCGCCGUCUGCGCAGGCCUCGCCAUCCGGAUAAUCCUCAACAUCCCCAUCUACUUCGUCAAGGCCUUCAUCUGGAUAAUAUCCAUCUUCGUCAACCUGGACCAUGAAACCUGGGACGACACAUUGAUCGGCGGCCUGGAUUUCAUAUCGCGCUCCGUGCUACAAAUCCCCUUCUUCCUCAUGAUGGUCAUGAGCUCCAUCACGCCGACGCUCGACAAUCUGUUCAUGGACUCGCUCAAAUGGGUUGACACGACAUACGUCCAGAAACACAAGUCAGACGACCCUGCCACCUUGCGCGCGAUGUACUACCCGACCCUGAAAAUGUACAGCACGCACGGCGAGCGCGAGAAAAAGGAACAACGCUCCCUCCUCGACGGCGUGGUGCUCUUUCUCACAAAAUACGGCCGCAGAGCCGCCAUCUCGCUGGCCGUCUACCUCCUCACGUUCCUCCCGGGGAUCGGCCGCUUCGUGCUCCCCGCGGCGAGUUUCUACACGUUCAAUAAAGCCGUGGGCCCCGUGCCCGCGGGCAUCAUCUUCGCGUCCGGCCUGAUCGUCCCGAAACACUACAUGGUGCAGUUCCUGCAGACGUACUUUUCGAGUCGAAGCCUCAUGUCGAGGCUUUUGGAGCCGUAUUUCCACCGCAUCCGGUUCACCAAGCAGCAGAAGCGCGUCUGGUUCGUCGAUCGCUCCGGCGUGCUGUUCGGCUUUUCUGCAGCGUUUGCCGUCAUGGUCAAGGUCCCUCUGCUUGGCGUGCUGAUCUACGGUAUCGCGGAGGCGAGCACCGCGUAUUUGAUCACCAAGAUCACGGAACCCCCGCCGCCGCCUGGUGCCGGGGGCAUUGCGGAGAAGGAAUUCAUCGAAAGUGAAGUCAGGUGGAAGAACAAGCAUCUGUUUCUGAAUCUGCCGCUGGACAGACUGGACGAGUUCAACGCGCGGAUGGUGGGCGCCGGCAAGGUCACGAAGAGCGAGGUCCCGGAGGUGCCGAGACAGAAAUUCACCUGA